AAUGAUGGUUGUGGCAGCCUAAGAGUAUGUUGCAUCUCUUUUCAGGAUUUGAAACCAGAGUUGGUGCUUCAGUGGCCAUCUUAUUCAACACCAGACGACUAUGCUGCAUUUUGGAAACAUGAAUGGGAUAAGCAUGGUACGUGUGCAACCAAUCUUUCAUUCUUGAACUCUGAACACAAGUACUUCGAAGUCAGCCUGUCCCUGAAUAUCAAGUAUGACAUUUUCAAAGCUCUAAAUCAGGGAGGAAGAAUUACACCGACAAGUGACAAAGUGUACCAGGUGAAAGAUAUUGAAGUUGCCCUGUUCAAGGUUUUUAAAGUUCACCCCACAGUUUACUGCUUGCCUGUUAAGCCUUCUGAGCAGAUGUUAAGCUACGUGGAGUUGUGCUUCGACAAAACCUUGACGCCAAUUAACUGUUUGAACAGCACCGCGAACUGUGAUUACACAAAACCUGUGCAGUACCCACCAAUCAUCCAUGCUGGAUUGGAAAGCGUGUUUUAGCGUUCAUCGUUGGUUAGAUUAGAUUUAGCUUAAGGACUUAAGGAACGAGUUUUGAAAAUGUCCAUACAAGAAAAAGUUUGUGAAACGAUAAAAAAAAAAAAGCCUUUUGAAAAAGCCAAAUAAAUAUGAAUUACUAGUUUGUAAAACGCCACCCAGAAUUAAGCUAAAUCAGGAGAAUAUCCUCUCGACUAAAUAUCUAAUUUCAUACAUGGAAUCCAAUUUGAAGCAGAGUUUUUUUUUUCAAUCUAGGAGACAAUUACUAACAUAAAAUGGACAGUUUAGAAAACGAGUUAUUUUUGUAACAGUCUGGAAAACCUUUUCUAAGCCUUAUAAACAAUGUGACCGCUACAGAUUAAGAUUUCUGCCUCCUUUUUGGCAUGUAGUGUACUUUGUUUAGUGGAGUGACAAAGAAAUAAAUUACAGCAAAACCUCGUCUUAAAGGA